AUGCCGGAGGACGGUGGCAAGGUCUACGUGGGCGGGCUAAAUUUCAGCACCAGCAGCGAUGGCUUGAAGGCACACUUCGAGCAGUUCGGCGCGAUCUCGGACUGCGUUGUCAUGACCGACAGGGAGACGGGCCGGUCCCGCGGCUUUGGCUUCGUGACCUUUGAGGAUCCAGGCUCUGUGAAUGCGGCCAUCACCAUGCCCACUCAGCAGCUGGAUGGGCGCAGCGUCACAGUGAAGAAGGCGACCCGGGAGGGCUCCGGCAAGGGCGCAGGCCCAGCGCCUGCAGGCGUGGAGUUCAACGUCGUCAAGGUCUUCGUGGGAGGCCUCGCGCCGAGCGUGGACUAUGAGAAGCUCACAGGCUACUUCCAGAGGUUCGGCGCAAUCGAGGACGCCGUGGUCAUGAUGGACGCAGCGACGCAAAAGUCAAGGGGCUUCGGCUUUGUGACCUUUGCCGAGAGCUCCUCGGUGGAGGCUUGCAUGGACAACUACGACUCCAAUGAGCUGGAGGGCAAGUGGAUCGAGGUCAAGCGGUGCAUUCCCCAGGCCCGGGAUUUGCCGGGACAAGAUGGCGCCUGGGAGCAGCAGCAAAGGCGUGAGAAGCUGUCGGCAGUGGUCACUUUGAAAGAAGAAGGAGCGUAA